UGCGCGGCCAUCGUGCGCAGCCGCCACCUGCGCGCCCAGACGACCAACGUCUUCAUCGUGUCCCUGGCCUUGUCCGACCUCUUCGUGGCGCUGCUCGUCAUGCCCUGGAAGGCGGUGGCCGAGGUGGCCGGUUACUGGCCCUUCGGAGCAUUCUGCGACAUCUGGGUGGCCUUCGACAUCAUGUGUUCUACCGCCUCCAUCCUGAACCUGUGCGUCAUCAGUGUGGACCGCUACUGGGCCAUCUCCAGGCCCUUCCGCUACGAGCGCAAGAUGACCCAGCGCGUGGCCUUGGUCAUGGUGGGCCUGGCCUGGACCCUGUCCAUCCUCAUCUCCUUCGUCCCAGUCCAGCUGAACUGGCACCGGGAAGCGUCGGACCCCGACGGCGGGGGGGACCUUCCCUCCGACCCGGCCAACGGGACGGCCUGGGAGGCCCCCGGGGAGCCUGUGGCCACGGCAGUGAACUGCGACUCCAGCCUGAACCGGGCCUACGCCAUCUCCUCCUCGCUCAUCAGCUUCUACAUCCCGGUGGCAGUCAUGAUCGUGACCUACACUCGCAUCUACCGCAUCGCGCAGGAGCAGAUCCGCAGGAUCGCGUCCCUGGAGAGGGCCGCCGAGCAUGCGCAGAGCUGCCGGAGCCGCGUGGGCAGCGAGCCGGACGCCAGCCUGCGCUCGUCCAUCCGGAAGGAGACCAAGGUGCUCAAGACGCUGUCGGUGAUCAUGGGAGUCUUCGUGUGCUGCUGGCUGCCCUUCUUCGUCCUCAACUGCAUGGCUCCAUUCUGCCACGGAGACCCCGAGGACCUGGGGGCCGGCUUCCCCUGCGUCAGCGAGACCACUUUUGACGUCUUCGUCUGGUUCGGGUGGACCAACUCCUCGCUCAACCCGGUCAUCUACGCCUUCAACGCUGACUUCCGGAAGGUGUUCGCCCAGCUGCUGGGGUGCAGCCACCUCUGCCGGCGCACCCCCGUGGAGACAGUGAACAUCAGCAACGAGCUCAUCUCCUACAACCAGGACACCGUCUUCCACAAGGAGGUCGCGGCCGCCUACGUCCACAUGAUCCCCAACGCGGUGGUCCCCGGGGACGGGGAGCUGGAGGACGAGGAGGAGGACGAGGAGGACCCUUUCCAUCGAAUGCCCCAGAUCUGCCAGUCGUCCCCAGACGGCGACCCUGCGGUCGGCUCUGUCUGGGAGCUGGACUGCGAUGGGGAGGUUUCCUUAGGCAAAAUAACGCCGCUGACCCCAAACGGAGUUCCUUAAACCGCACAGGAAGAGCCCUCGCGGAUCUUCGUAAGCGCAUAGACAUGCACAAUCGCACACACACACACACACACACACACACACACACACACCCAGCGCUGCUCAGCUUUCAGUGUUUCUGCUUCUCCGUGAAGUCACUCCUAUGCUGGAGUCCUCAUUCUCCCCAUCCGUCCCUCAGUGAAAGAAUCCGCAGAGGCAGUAGAAUAACUCGCGUGCACAUGCCUCACCCAGCCUAGCAGAGACAGCCAGCUAGAGAAGAGAGGGCAGCGCUUGGCCCUACAAAAUAUACAGCCCCUUUCCCUUUCAGAAGGCAUCUUGUUCAGUGACCUGUUUGCACUUGGUGGAUUUUUAAGCAGCAGGUUCAGUGCAUGCAUGUGGAGGAUGAGAGAGAGAACAGUAGUGAGCUCUCUCUCUCUCCUUCUCUCUCUCUCUGGCCAUCUGCUCCCCACUUUCUGCUCUUCCUAGCUGAGGAAUUCUUCCCAAGUGGGUCAGGUGAACACAGGUAAUGCUGAUGGUGGGGCUAUAAUCUUUCAGGAUGACUCCUGGAGAGAACACAAGUGCAUGCUCAAAAGCAGGGGAGAUGUCCUGUUCUAUUCUUUUCAGGCAGUUUGGACUUGAAGGAACACAAAAGGCCUUGAAAAGCUUCUGAUCUUGGGUUUCCUUGUGAGGCGCCUACACCUCCAGUGCAUAUUGAAAGCUGGUUUCAUGGUUGCGGCCAGUGACAUGGAGUGCUCAAGCCUGGACUUCUUUUUCUUGUCUCUUGGAAACUUCUUAUUUUAUUUUAUUUUUUGGUACCA